CUUGCUCUCUCUCCCUUUCCCGUCUCUGUGGUUUGUAAGGUAGGUUGCAGUGUGUGUAUAUACACAACAUCAAGAGCAGGAAAAUGGACUCAUUAGGGAGGCAGGCAGUCAUUACCAUUCACACUGCACUUCCAGGGAGGCAGCGACUAUGAGGAGACAAACUGAGGACUGGGGAGCAAGAAGCACAGAAAAGAAGUGUUAGGAACUGCUUUUAACCCUUUUGGAAUCAGAGGAAAAAAGGGAACUAGACAGCUUAACACCCCUGUUGCUUCCUGCUUCUGCUGUGACAACAAUCCACCCUUGUAUUUACAAGUAGAGCUCAACCCUGAAGCUCAUCCUACCCUAUCUUGUUGAUUCCCAUUUGGCCACGUGAGUGCCUGAAGUUACAUUUUAGAUGCUGAAAUCACUGCACCUUAAAAACAAAAAAACAAAAAAGAUCAAGCAGUACUUCAUUCCUCUUCCAUUGUGUUGUGAUGAAUUCCAAGAUGAUGGAGCUUUGGACAUUUGUGUGACUAAUGAAAGCCAUUAAGAGAUAAAAGAAAACAGCAAACAUUUCUGAGUUGCACAGAAGAACCAAACAGCCCCAGAAUUAUUUGCUGUAAGACAAACAAGUAUCUUCACACAACUGUGUUGAAAGUCCAUAUUGACCAAGUCUGCAUAUGAGCUAGGAAGCAAAUCCCACAUCCUGAGCACUUGCUCUAUUCAGAAGGCCACAUUGCUUCAUCAAAUUACAGGCACAGCUUUUCCCCAUUUUCAGCCCCAAUGAAUGUCUGCGCUAGGUCCAAAGCUUGGAGUGAUUUGCCUGAAGAGUGACAACAUUCAGAAACCACUGAAGAAACCCAAGAUAGUUGAAAAACAGAAGGAGUCUGAGGAGAAUGAGAUUACGCAGACGGGUGCAUACAGCUCCAAGUUGGGCCUUCCCUGCCUGAACUUUGAAACUGACCCAUCUCUAAGCCUGGUUCUCAUCCAUUCAUCACAUUCACCAACAAACCUGCACACACACACAGGGUCACUUGAUUGUAACAUUAGUUGCAAGGGGAUGACAGAGCGCAUUCACAGCAUCAAUCUCCACAACUUCAGCAAUUCUGUGCUCGAAACCCUCAACGAGCAACGCAACCGUGGCCACUUCUGUGAUGUGACAGUCCGCAUCCACGGGAGCAUGCUGCGUGCCCACCGUUGUGUGUUGGCAGCUGGCAGCCCCUUCUUCCAAGACAAGCUGUUACUGGGCUACAGUGACAUCGAAAUUCCCUCUGUGGUGUCAGUCCAGUCAGUACAAAAGCUCAUUGACUUUAUGUACAGUGGGGUGUUGCGAGUUUCCCAGUCAGAGGCCUUACAGAUCCUCACAGCAGCCAGCAUCCUGCAGAUCAAGACUGUGAUUGAUGAAUGCACACGGAUUGUUUCACAGAAUGUGGGUGACAUUUAUCCAGUUAUCCAAGAUUCUGCCCAGGAGACGCCCCGAGGAACUCCUGAAUCAGCCACUUCAGGGCAGAGCAGUGACACAGAGUCUGGCUAUCUCCAAAGCCACUCACAACACAGUGUAGACAGGAUCUACUCAGCUUUGUAUGCCUGUUCUAUGCAGAAUGGUAGUGGAGAGCGUUCAUUCUACAGUGGAGCAGUGGUCAGCCACCACGAAACAGCACUUGGACUUUCCAGAGACCAUCAUAUGGAAGAUCCCAGCUGGAUUACACGGAUCCAUGAGCGUUCACAGCAGCAGAUGGAGAGGUAUCUUUCUACUACUCCAGAAACCACGCAUUGCCGGAAACAACCACGCCCAGUUCGGAUCCAAACAUUGGUGGGCAAUAUUCACAUUAAGCAAGAGAUGGAAGAUGACUAUGACUACUAUGGACAACAGAGAGUACAGAUCUUAGAGCGCAAUGAGUCUGAGGAAUGCACUGAGGAUACAGAUCAAGCAGAAGGCACUGAGAGUGAGCCCAAGGGGGAAAGCUUUGACUCUGGGGUCAGUUCUUCUAUUGGCACUGAACCAGAUUCUGUCGAGCAACCAUUUAUGACUAGUGUAAACCGAGAAGGUCAGCAAGAAGCUCCUCAAGCAGAACAAAAUGAAGCUUCUGUUGAAAGCAUUCAGCAGCAGCACACAGAUGCCAAUUCCUCCUCACCAGAGAGAGGCAAUGACAUUGAAAGGGACAGCACACUACUCACUGUUAGUAACAAUACUGAAAAGGGGACUUUGCAGCCUUCGAUCACUACAACUGUUGCCCAACCAUUGCCAAGUACACAGCUCUACUUACGCCAGACAGAAACCCUCACCAGCAAUCUGAGGAUGCCACUGACCCUGACCAGCAACACACAAGUCAUUGGCACAGCUGGCAAUACUUACCUGCCUGCACUAUUUACCACACAGUCUGCUGGCAGUGGUCCUAAGCCCUUUCUCUUCAGCCUACCCCAAUCCUUAGGGCAGCAGACACAAUUUGUGACAGUAUCCCAGCCUGGCCUGUCAACUUUUACUGCCCAACUGCCGGCCCCACAACCCCUGGCUCCUUCUGCAGGCCACAGCACAGCAGGUGGGCAGGGUGAAAAAAAGCCUUAUGAGUGCACCCUCUGCAACAAGACUUUCACCGCCAAACAGAAUUAUGUCAAGCACAUGUUUGUACAUACAGGUGAGAAGCCCCACCAAUGCAGCAUCUGUUGGCGAUCCUUCUCCCUAAAGGAUUACCUAAUCAAACAUAUGGUGACUCACACCGGUGUCAGAGCCUACCAAUGCAGCAUCUGUAACAAGCGUUUUACCCAGAAGAGCUCCCUAAAUGUGCACAUGCGGCUCCACCGUGGGGAGAAAUCUUAUGAAUGCUACAUCUGCAAGAAAAAAUUCUCCCACAAGACCCUGCUGGAAAGACAUGUGGCUCUGCAUAGUGCCACAAAUGGAACAUCGAGCACAACCGGCACUGGUGCAAGGGCUCUUUCCACUGGAGUAAUGGCCUGUGCAGAGGGAACCACAUAUGUCUGCUCUGUCUGUCCAGCUAAAUUUGACCAAAUUGAGCAUUUCAACGACCACAUGAGGAUGCAUGUUUCAGAUGGAUAAGUAAAAUCUAUUCUGUUACGAACAACAAAACCCAACCAGAGAAACAACAACAAAAAGCUAUGGCACUAGAUUUUUUUUUCAUUUUUACUUUUUGUUUGUUUAUUUUAAUUUCAUUUUUGUACUACAUGAAGAACUGUUUUUGCCUGCUGGUACAUUACAUUUCUGGAAGCUGGGUGAAUAGUAACUAUCUCAGCCUUCCUUUGAUGGUGGCCUUAAGGCCAGAUAGUGCUUCAGGAGAUCUACUGGUUGGAUCUCUAGCUACUGGCCUCUAAAUACAACCCUUCUUUACUACAAAAAAAACUUUUAAAAAAAUCUUUUUUCUCACUUGUGAAGAGCACUAAAAAACAACAACAACAAAGAGAAAUAUGAAAUCUACAAGGCCUACUGUCGUAAGUACACCACUUGCAGUGUUUCAGUGGACAGAUUCACAAUUCUGACCGCUUUGGACUUCACAGUAUCCAGUUAAAACUGUGGAAGAGAACCUUAUGGUUGAGUAACAGCCACCGAAAAUGGGCCCUAUUGGUUUCUGCCAUUAGUCGUUAUCACAAAAAGGGCUGUGGAGAAGCGCAAGGGAGUUUGGGUUGGAUGGUGUGGAGUCCCUGCAGGAUGGGGAAGGAGAAUAAUAGGUUCCUCUUGUGGAUUCUGUUCCAUUCCACACAUUCUGAUUCAUAAUCCCCAACUUCUUUCUCCCCCACUAAUACCUACAACAUCUUUCAUCAACAGCUAGAAACAAUGAAGUAAAAAUGAGGUGAGCAAA